GACGUGCAUAUGGUGCGCGGAAAUCUGACGCAACGUGCGUGCUGUGCGUGCCCCUGUAGUUGUGAGUGAGAAACCCCGAGCGCGAAGCUGCCAACGCCCGGCACAGACACACAAACAUCAGAACGAUACGAUCUUGUUGAAUGAGAACAGUGGAUUCUAACAGAGAGCAGCUAUGCAGACGAUUAAGUGUGUUGUAGUGGGGGAUGGUGCUGUUGGUAAAACAUGUCUCUUAAUUUCCUAUACAACCAACAAAUUCCCAUCGGAAUAUGUACCAACGGUCUUUGAUAAUUAUGCUGUAACGGUUAUGAUUGGUGGUGAACCAUACACCCUAGGAUUAUUUGAUACUGCAGGUCAGGAGGAUUACGAUAGGUUGCGACCUCUGAGUUAUCCUCAGACAGAUGUGUUUCUAGUCUGUUUCUCUGUCGUUUCACCUUCUUCUUUUGAAAAUGUUAAAGAAAAGUGGGUACCAGAGAUCACUCACCACUGUCCAAAGACUCCAUUCCUCCUGGUUGGGACGCAGAUUGACUUGAGAGACGACCCAUCAACAAUCGAGAAACUCGCCAAGAACAAACAGAAGCCCAUCACCCCUGAGACUGCAGAGAAACUGGCCCGGGACCUGAAGGCAGUCAAAUACGUGGAGUGCUCUGCCCUCACGCAGAAAGGACUAAAGAAUGUAUUUGACGAGGCGAUAUUGGCAGCCCUGGAACCUCCUGAGCCCAAGAAGAAGCGCAAGUGUGUGCUGCUAUGAGCGCCUCCCUUCCUCCUCUCCCUUCCCUGCGAAGCUGUGCUCAGCUUUUUAAUCUAAGCAAUGUUUAAAAACGAACAACUCAGAUUUAUUCUGCAAUAAAGAUGACAAAUUGCCCUUCACACACAAGAAGUGUGUGACAGUUAGCCUACCCAUACAACCCUCUUCCUUUUAAUGUAACAUUGUACUGGUCCAGAUAUAUUUUUGUUAAUGAUUUAUAUCAGAUACACUGAUCUGUACUAUUUUUUUUUUUCUGUUUUUAUUUUAAGAACCGCCUGCAGUGAUUCAUUCCUUUGUAACAGUUAAUUGUUUUUUUUUUAUUAUUAUUUGUGAUAUUGAUCCUAAGUGCCACAUUGGAAUGACCAGGGACUGAAGCAUAUACAGCUUAAAAGGUUAAUUUUCUAUUUGACCAGUUAAGAGAGAUGAUUUAAAAAAAAAAAAAAAAAAAAAAAAAAAAAAAGUGGGGUAGUGAAUCCAUUCUUGCCAUCCGUUAUUAAGUUUGGCUUUUUUGAAGAGGUCUUUGCCUGCCUCCCCUCUGCACUCAAUACCCUGUAGACUGAUUGAUUGGUAUUCAAUUGUUGAACAGUGGUAAGAUUGGAACAAGUCACUGUAAAGGAGGCUCUAACAGUGUUCAGCUGAGUUUGAGAACAGAUCAGUGGUGUUAAACACUGUCUUCCCUUGCAGGAUAGUGCUGUGCCCAGCAAGCGCAUAAGCACUUCUGUAUUCCUUAACUGAUCCAGGAGGUGUGUAGGCUUGGGUUUCAAUUAUAGUAGUUUCUUAGCUUUACUUGCUGAAUAAAUAAGAUUUUAAUGAA